AUGAGCAAAAAGCGCGAUACUGCGACUGAACAGCAGAGAGGCAUAAAAACAAUAUGCAAUUACGAGAGGCAGAUACAACACACAGAAAUGUAUGGUCGAAAUAAAUUGUUACACAUUCAAUAUCCCGGAGAGAAUGAAAACAUAUCAUGUACUUUUUGA